GUGGCACGUGCCGCUUGAACAACUGCUGAAAAGAGCUGAGGCAAGAACCGCCUGCUGUCUCUGGCGCUGUACGACUCUCGCGAACCAUUGUUGCUGUAUAGAAGUACCUUCCAAGUGGCCUGUCAAUUUACCUCCCUCAACUACUAGCGUGGGGUGACGCAGCUCUUCUUACGAAACUUCUCGAAAUCCCACCGACCGCCUUAUACGAAGGUUUCAAGACUCUGCGGGGAACCCGUAAGUUACGUGGUAAAGUCCAAGCUCCAAAUCAACACUGCAAGUCUGUCAAGCGCUAACUAAAGCUUACUCCUUUUUUGCCUCUGUUCUCCAGACCAGAUACACAACCAAACCAUAGUCUUGAUCUUUUCCCUUUUCGAACACCUACCAUGUCCUCCACUGUCGUGCAUAGCGACGACCUCAUGGAGCCUACGCUCCAGUCGGUCGUCAACCAGAAAACCUUGCGCUGGAUCUUCGUCGGUGGUAAGGGAGGUGUCGGCAAGACUACGACCUCCUGCUCGCUUGCGAUUCAGCUGGCCAAAGUCCGCAAGUCCGUUCUGCUUAUUUCCACCGACCCCGCACACAACCUGAGCGAUGCCUUUGGACAGAAGUUUGGAAAGGAGGCUCGACUGGUCGAUGGCUAUACCAAUUUGAGCGCCAUGGAGAUCGACCCCAAUGGCAGUAUCCAGGACCUUUUGGCUAGUGGUGAAGGCCAGGGAGAUGAUCCUUUGUCCGGGAUGGGUGUGGGCGGCAUGAUGCAGGAUCUGGCUUUCAGCAUCCCCGGUGUUGACGAAGCCAUGUCCUUCGCUGAGGUCUUGAAGCAAGUCAAGUCCCUGUCCUACGAGGUUAUCGUUUUCGACACUGCGCCCACCGGCCACACUCUCCGCUUCCUCCAAUUCCCCACCGUCCUCGAGAAGGCUCUCGCGAAACUGUCGCAGCUGUCCUCCCAGUUUGGCCCUAUGCUCAACUCCAUUCUGGGCUCCCGUGGAGCUUUGCCCGGCGGUCAGAAUAUCGACGAGCUGUUGCAGAAGAUGGAGUCUCUCCGGGAGACGAUUAGCGAGGUGAACUCCCAGUUCAAGGAUGCCGACCUUACCACCUUCGUCUGUGUCUGCAUCGCUGAGUUCCUGUCUCUGUACGAAACCGAGCGCAUGAUCCAGGAGUUGACCAGCUACAACAUCGACACCCAUGCUAUCGUCGUCAACCAACUGUUAUUUCCCAAGCAGAGCAGCGCGUGCGAACAGUGUAACGCACGCAGAAAGAUGCAGAAGAAGUAUCUUGAGCAGAUCGAGGAACUCUACGAGGACUUCAACGUUGUCCGGAUGCCUUUAUUGGUUGAGGAAGUAAGAGGAAAGGAGAAGCUUGAGAAGUUUAGCGACAUGCUUGUGAACCCAUAUGUUCCCCCGGAGGGCAACUAAUGGAUGCGGAACGAUUCUUUGCAUGAUAUUUUGCUGCAAGUAUGCCUUUUGUCUGGAUGAGUCACGAAAAGAUCAUAGACAGUAAUGCAAGAAGCGUUUUGGUGAUUUUGAAUAUUGAUUUUCCCUUCUUGAGCCGGGGAAUUGUACUAGCUCAAGAGGUUUAUCUUCCGCAU